GCCCCGGCGCGCGCCGCGGCUCCCCCCUCCGCCCGCCCUGGGCCUGGCGCCUGCCUCCCAGCCCGCCCGCCCAGGGGCCCAGACGCCUGCGGCACCCCGGCCUCGCCAAAGUCCGGGCACUCUCCCAUCCCGGGGCUCCCCAGCCCCGCCGCCAAGUGGCUCCCCACAUGGCGACGGGGUGCGUCGGGGCGCGCGCGGCGUGCUCAGCGCCCCCCAGCGCCCGCCUGGCGCAGCCGGCCGCCUGGCCUGCCUUCCUCUCCUCUCCUCUCCUCUCCACUCCUCUCCUCUCCUCUCCUCAGCUCUCCCCAGCUCUGCCCUCCUCCGCUCUGCUCCGCUCCGCUCCGCUCUGCUCUCCCCUCCUCUCCACCCCACCUCGCUCCCAGCCCACCCGAGGACACGGGCGACGCCACACGCCAGCCCAGACGCGGCAGCCCCGCCCCGUGGCCCUUCCUCCGCCACGCUUCCCCUCGCCACCCACCCACACCAGGCCCUGACCGAGACACGCGAGAGGCCGGCUCACCUACACAGACACACGGACACCCAGGGAAGCACAGGGACAGACACAGACGGAGGGACCUCUGGACAGACGGCAAGAACGCAGAGCCAGAGAGACAGACUCUCCGACCCGCGGACCCCCUCAGACCCUCCACCCCCACCCCCAGCCCCCAGGACAGACGCGGUGACCCUGACCGGGAUGCUGCCAGGGACGCGGACAGAGACACGGGUGCACGCAACACUCACACACUCACACACACAGACCCACAGACCCACCCACACCCACACCCACACAGACACACACACACACACACACACACACACGGGCGAGGCUUUGGCCUAGGUGGCGGCGCCCCGGAGCUGCCGGAGGAGCCCCCGGAGCCCGAGGACUUGCGGGCGAGGUGUCAGGAGUCCCGAUCUGCUCCCAUUCCUGCCCAGCACCCCUCCUUUGGUGCCGGGCGAGGGGGGCGGGGGGCGGUUCGGGGGGCCUGUCUCCGCCCGGUGUGGGGCGCCGCCGGUCUCGCUGAGCCAGAGAGCCUCGCUGUUGCCGUCGCUGUUCCCGUGAGACAGAGCGUGGAGCCGGGUGCCCACGGACCCGGAGGCCCAGGGCGGUCGGCCAUCCGGCGUCCUGGGCACCUGAGCCCGGGCGCGGGGCCCCAGGGGCAAAGGGGAGGUGGUCGAGAAGGGGCAGGGGGGCCCAGGUCGCGGGGGCGCCGCGAGGGGUGGGGGUUGGGGCGGCUGCCGGUUGGCUUGGGAGCUGGGGGCAGCCCGAGGGCCGCGCUAGGGGAUCCUGGCACCAGGGCCCAGGCCCGGGGCCGGGGCCCAGGGCCUCGGGAGCACAGGCCCGCAGAGAGGAGCCCGAGCCCGGGGCUCGAGGCCCGCUCCCGCCUCCUGCCCACCCCCCGCCCUCCUCCCACAGCCCGGCCCCCACGCCCCCUCCCCGCGUCCGUGGCCGCGGCCCUCACCCCGGUCCCCCUUUCCCUGCCUCUGGCCCCUGAGCCCCCUGCAACAUGGGCCCGCCCUGCCAGCAGCCCCCCAAGGCCGGCUGAGGCGCGGGUGGGCCUUGUGGCGUGGAGGUGGAGAGGCUGGGUUGUGGCCGCCCGCCCGUGCCGCGGGCCGCCCUUUUGGGGCCAGGGGCCCGCGCUGCUGGGGCUGCGGUGGCCAGGGCUCAGGGGGCCCGGGGGUCAGAGGCGUGAGGGGACCGGGGUCAGGGGCGGAGGCGUUCAGGGACUGUUUGGAGGCAGCCGCGUUGGCCAGGGCGCCCCG